UCUCUGACUUACACAAACACAUGCACACGCGCGCACACGCGGGGCGCUCAUAUAGGAGGAUCCCAGCAGAGGAGCGGCCAGUGAACGGCGGAGUGCGCACCGGACCGGCUCGUUAACUUGUCCUCGCCCUAUAGUCUAUCAACCCUUUAUUUCUGAAGCUGCUUCAGCCAUCGGACUACCGACCAGACUACCGGCUACGAAGAGACUCCCCCAACACUCCAGACAGCCUCAGACUGAUCGUCAUCGGCUGUUUUACUCCGGAGACUGCGGAUUUUAUCCUCGUUACUGAGAGUGCGCACCGUCUUCUCGAGAUAAACUAAGUCCAAGGACAUAAAGUCUGCUCUAUUUGUCCAGACGCUGGGAAAUAUACCCGCAAUCCCCAUAUCGGCCCGGCUGUCUCCUGUGCCCCCUUCUCCGGUUUAACUGUACCGGUCAGACUUGAAAAAGAGCAACAGCCUCUACCGGCAUCCGUAAGAUAGAAAAGCUCUACAUCAAGCUGCAGCCAUGGAUGAGAUGGACCUGCCCCAGAUGAAGAAGGAGGUGGAGAGCCUCAAGUACCAGCUGGCCUUUAAACGAGAAAAGUCCUCCAAGACAGUGACUGACUUGGUAAAGUGGAUAGAGGAUGGCGUCCCAGAGGAUCCCUUUCUGAACCCAGAGCUGAUGAAGAACAACCCAUGGGUGGAAAAAGGAAAGUGCAUCCUCCUCUAGAAGAAUUCACCAUGACCCUUCAACUUUGACCACCAUGACCAACACUUCAGAUCGCCCCUGAACCUGACCCUGCUGACCCACGGCCAAGCAGCGCCUCCCAACCUCUUACACUGAAUGUACGACAAAUGAUGACCCUGAACUUCCUAAACACACACCCCAACAAAGGCACAGAAACACACACUUCCAGAGUAACACAGUAACACACUUUCAUACAAAACUUUGGGAUUAUCCCUGACUGCCACACUUUCACUGCAAGUUUUUUCCUGCCACGGUGAUGCAUCAUUACAAUGAUAUAUGAUGACAAUGAUCAGUACUCUUAUUACCUUUCUCUAUAUGGAUAUAUGAUGACUUAUUUAUGCAGCUGCUAGUCACAAGCUUUCUUUCCUCUUAAUCAAUAUCUUCUCGUCACUGUAAGCAUAAAAGUUUUUUUUUCCAAUUUUGAUGGUUUUUCAUAAACUGUAGAGUCACAUUCUUCCAGGCAGCAGAUGACUGUAGAUUAUUAAAGGAAUUCAUAACAAAAUAGAAAUGCAAUUGUUGCAUGUUUCAACAGGUUAGUACGGUUUAUGGAAAGGCAAAAAUGUGUCAAACAAAUCAUGCCAUUGUUAAGUUUUCAAGUUGAAAAGAUACAUUUCCAGGACUUGUUAAAUUGAAGUAAGCUUAGUUAUUAUCUAAAGUUAUAAAAAUAAACUUUUUGGUACAACAGAGUGUCACCCCUGACAAUGUUGCAUGCUUUUAGCUGUUCCUGAUUUGAACAUUCAUGAUGUAUGCAGGAUAAAAAAGCCUGCAUACACUGAGUUAACUGACGCCUUGACAUAGAAGAAACAACAUGCAAAAUUUGGGACAAAUUCUCUAUAACAGCAAUAUUAGUCAUGUUUUUAGUUUCACAGCGUUCUCCCUGGUAUGACUCCUACAGUUUUUAUACAUAAUGUGAUUUCACACAUCUCGCAUAGCAUGCUUAUAACAUUAACAUUCUGAAUAUGAGCUUUGCAACCAGUGUUGUUUUGCUUCAGCAUCUUUUCUUCCAAAAGUAUCAUAGCAGCUCUGUUUGUGUUGUCAGAGCAGAAUGAAGCUAUGGGUCUCUGGGGGGGAUGAGUUUACCGCUCCCUCUCCUCCUUAGCUACAACCCCUGAGGACAACACACAAAGCCACAAACCCACGCAUUUGACAUGCAAACAACCCAUGCAAGCACACUAUUGCUCUCCACACAUGUACAGACAGACCCCUUUAACUUAUUAACUUAUUGUAGUUUAUUUAUUUAUUUAUUUAUUUAUUGGUGAGACCCCUCUUUCCCCCUUGCUUUGGUUAGUACGUCUGCGUUCCUCCUCCUAAUACACCUCCUCUAAAGGAAAAACAGACCAAAAAUCUAUGACACCUUGCCAGAUCAUCAUCUGUGACUGCCUUGUACACAGUUUCCUUAAACAGAGAAUGUAAAUAUAUGGCAUGAUCACGCUUACCUCAGAGCUGGUUUGUGUGUGCGUGCAUGCAUGCAACUGUGUGUUUAUGUGUGCAUAUGUUUUUCAGUGGAUGUUAGGCUCCCUUGCAGAUCAUGAAGCUCACACAUGCACACACAAGCAGCUGUGUCACACACAGGCAGGCCUGAGGCUGAGCAGAUUGACAUAACACACGCACACUGCUUAGUGGGAAUGUGUAUGAGGGAGGAGUGGCAAGGAUGUAGGAUUCUCUAAACGACUUGGGACAGGGGAGCCUCACAUCAUCUCAGUACUGUAAUGAGUCUCAUUAUGUACAUUUUCUUCAAACUGACCCAUUUCCCUAAAGGCUACUCAGUGCUUGAAUGAUUUUAGUCCUUGAAUGUGUAACACUAAGUCUCUCCUUAAAUUUUUAUCUCACUUAUUAUCUUUACCACAAUGUGCUUCUAAAUUGUCAUUUUUUUUAUCCAACAUUCUAGCUUAUCUUUUCACUGCAUUGUUACUUCCUGUAAACACAUUUUCAAAAGUUCAUUCAGUCAUAAGGACAAGUUAAAGAUUUAAUUAUAAACUGCAAAUGUAAAAAAAUAAUUGUAUUUCUGGACCUGAUGUGUGACCAAGAAACUUAGGAUGUCAAGCAUAUAUGCAACACAACAACUCCCUUUAGAGUCACUUUAGAAGUCCCAUGGUUUAUUGUGAGACAUUCUGAGACAUAAUGUUCAUGAUUUUUGAUAUUAUGUUACAUAUUAGAUUUUAAGUUUGGAAAUUUGAAAGUGAAAUUUAAGUUAACUGUUAGAAAGAAUUAAAUUCAGCCUUUCUAUUCCAUCAUAAAAGCAGGAAGUGGGACUUUUAAAAUGGCUUCAAUGGUACAAAGAACUGUUUUCUGAGUCUCAGGUAUGUAGCUUUUCCAUUGUCAGGCUGAAGUUUAUUUUCAACAUCAAUGAGAUUUUCUUUUUUUUUUUUCAACUCUUACUAAACCAAUGAAAAAAUGAACAAAUGUUGUUAGCUAAAGUCUCACAUAGUCCUAAAUCAGUGCCAACUGUACAUGAGAGGAUUCCUGAGUCCGCCUGUCCCUCGUCUGUGUUCUGUUCAGCAACUUUACUCACUUGUUUGUUUUGUUUUUAUAUAAUCUGAACGUGUGUAUGUAUGUAUGUUACUACUAUUAUAAUGACAGCUUAAAAUCUUGUCUCAAUAUCUAGCAACAUAUUCCUCUUGAGAGUGCUUUGGAAAACAUAUUAUGCAUCGGAUCAAGUCUUAGUGUAAAGAUGACAAUAAGCAAUAAAAGAAACAUCAUUUUUUAUUGAAUGUUUUACAAAAACAUCUAUCUUAUUGAAUAAAGUAGACAAUUUUUAGACAA